AUGGUCCAAGAUACCACCACUUCUUCCGCCCAGGCUGGCCCAUCCACUCUCGCUCUCGCUUCCACCUCUGCGGAAAAGGCCCCAUCUUUGUCAUCCCUACAAUUCGUCUCGUACCAGGAUAUCUUUGAGCACCUCGAGCUCGCUCGUCAUCAACGCGAUGCAUCACAGAUCAGGUCCCUCCUAGCAGAUCGUAAAGAUGAUCUCAGCUCAUGCCUUCAGCCUUUCCCCAUCUGCUCCAGCCCGACUUUUGGCGAAACGUCCAAUGCUUCCUUUCCCCAUAGUAUUAAGCUCAACGAUGGAUCGGCGCACAUACUUGACCAGCAGACCCGCGAUCUCUGCAAAGCCAUUGUAGACCAGUAUCAAGUCUCUCAACAAAGCGCUUUCACUCUUCUACAAACCUUUCUCUCUUCAGAACAUCGCCAUUUGCAAGGCCUAGAUGAUGUCGUUCAAUCUCAUUUACAACUAACUCCCCCAACGCCCGUCAAAAGCAGGCCAACAAGACUCAAAGAUGUCUCAUCACCCUUCCAAAAGGGCCCACAGAGCUCCAUCACCCAACCCUCCAACGCAGACUUGCUCGAUGACUUUAACAUCUUCUAUUUCGAGGAGCGCAUCUAUCUUCUUCGUACCAUCUCUUCCCUUAUUCGCAUCACAGAGGAUCAGCAGCACGUCUACUUCCACCUCGCAAACGACAUUCUCGACCUCUUUGCCGACCAACCUUUCGCCCUCGCAUCCAUCAGCCACUUUUGCACCCUUGUCAAUCUAUCGCUUCCCGAGUCAAUACGUCAGCAGCCGCGUUACUCGUCCCUGUGGGCCAAGCAGAUCCUCAGGGAACAGUUUGGCCUCCUCGAGAUUGUCUUCCUUCUCUUCUAUGGCAGGCUAUCCCCCUCACCCGCCUCCCUCCUCGCUCUACUCCGCGCUCUACACGACACCGAGGUCGCUAGGCGCCAGGCCAACAUCGGCUUCCUCGACAAUGAAGCUUCUGAAACCGUCGAGUGCGUCAGUCACCUUCUCGUUCUCAUCGCUGUCGAACUCCUAUCACUAGAACAAGUGAUGGAUGGCCUGGAUCUUGUUGAAGGCGCCGAAUCCCACAUCUCCAAACAUCCAGCAGGUCUUGAGCAGGCGCUUGACCUUCUCAGCAACACUUCAGCAGAUCCCCUUCAAGCUCCCAUCCUCCUCGCAUGGGCUCUCGUCCUUCAUCGACUCGAAGAUGCCCUUGUCGCACACUACGACGCCUCUGAACCCGACUCGUCUCGCCAGAUCUCACCAUCAGUCUCCGAGCUGGCCAAUGUCAUCAAGACCGAGCAUGGUGGUCCGCCCUUGUGGAGGAGGUUAGCGCAAGCCGCGUUUGCUCCAGAACUUCGUCUCUUCGAAACCAUGAUGUCCUUGCUGGCAUCUCCCUUGCUGACCAGCAGCAACGGUGCCAGCACUCUUGCCAUAGCUGGUCCUUCUGCUCUCGCAUAUCGCGCUGUCUUUAAGGGUCUUCUUCUCAGCAUAACCGAACUUGUCAGGCCAGAAUUCUUGCCCAACUUCAAUGCACUCGUCAGCCUUUGGGAGGCCACUUUUGGUUCUGGUCUUGCCCUCGAGCUCAGUCAAAGUGCCAUCGAUGGUGUUGCCGCUCUCUGCGAUCAGUUCUGGCAAGUAGACAGCAGAUACGAGUCUAGAUGCACCACCUUGGACACCGCCAGGCGACGAUGGCCCGUCAGCUUCCGUCCUCUCAUCCUCCUCACAAAGGCUCUCUCUGGCCACGCACGCGUCGACGCACAGGCUACCUGGCCCUCCCUCCUCGACGGUCCUUCUCGUCCAGAAGCUCAAGAACGAGCCUGCGCUGCCGUCUUGGACUAUCUUGCCAACAUUCCGACCUUUGCUCAAGUCUUGCCCAUGGGUGCCAAUACGCCCAACGCACCCUUUGAGACCAUGGAAGGCGGUGGCUACACUUCCGUCACCUACCGAAUCACACGCAUGAUGCGCAUCCCCGGCACUCAGAUUCGCCUCUCGGCCGGCACGACCGGUUCCACCAUCUCUGAGCUCGGUAAAGAGCCCGUCAUCGUCCUCUGGAGUCCCGCUCGACCUGUCAGCGCUUGGAAGCUUAUGCGCGACAUUCUCUCCUCCUUCCCUCCCGCCUAUGCUGACCACAGUGCAGCACAGACCGAUGCCGACCCAUUCCGCGAUCAGAAGCAGACAGUCAGCUUUGCCCAGCUCGCUCCCGCCGACGCCCAUGAGCCUUGGGAGGAGCUUGCUUCCGAUCUUCUCGACCUCUUUGCUAGCAUCAUCUCGGCAAGCGCAGACCUCGCAUGGUCCUUGCUCGCCCAUCUCGAUGGACGCGAUAUUAAUGCCGACGAGCUUUCGCUCGACUACGAGCCUGAGGAGCUCGAGCAUAUACAGAAGGAGAAGGAGGAGCUUGCACAUGCCAAGACACUCUCGUCCAUUACCGUCAACCUGCUUUCACAUGCGCUCGUCGCCGCUCCCAUCAACAUUCGCCUUGUCCGUUCGACACUGAGGCUCCUCACUGUUCUGCUGCCGUACGAUCCUGAUGCGGUUUGGCAGGAGAUUCGUUCAUCCAACGCCCUGAUCGGCAGUCCUGGCGCUGUUCCAUACCUUUCCAAGGGCGGCGCCAGUGCAGAUGCAUCCACCCUUUCCGCGCUCCUUACACAAGAGAUGGGCCGCGCUUCCUAUGGCGGCUUGGUCUCCUUGCUCGACUUUCACAUCUCGCUCUUUUCCGAACUUCGCAGGUCCUUCUCCACCUCGUCGACCGAUGUUCUCGAGACCAAGACCAGCGUCCUCCUCCGCAUUUUCAGCUGGAUCUUUGAAUGCGUCUGGCCCGAGUACCAGAGCUGGAGGUACGUCCGAUUGGCAGAUCGACUCGAGAUCGGUACCAAAUGUACCCAUCUACUCGAAAUGGCUUUGGAAGAGCAAAGCUGGUGCUUGUCACCUACACCGACCUCCGACUUGGUCGAAGAAGCUGGACCGGCCGCCGCUCUCGUAAAGGCGGUCGAGAGGAGCUUGGUCACACAUCCUAGCAUUAUCUGCCUUGCUCCCUUGAUCACAUGUAUCGGCACAGGACAGCAGUUGCUCGACGCACUGAGCAGAGCAGGAAGACAGACGGACGCCAUCUUGGCCGAAGACUGGAUCGCCUCGAUGUUGCGUCUUGCUACGCUUAUCCUUUCUCGCAAGCGUGAGCUCACCAUUGCUGCGCUCCGCAACCUGUCUACGCUCCCGGCAGAGACAGCUAAGAAGGCUAUGUCUGCACGCAUCAACAUGGGCCUCUUUGAGCGCCUUUUCUUUGAUCACACCAUCGUUGCAUCUCGAACUGCGCUCAGUGGUGGACGCAGAUCAAAACGAGUCGAGCUAGCCAGCGCCGCUUUUGCGUAUGUGCUCUUCCCCACAUCGACGUUCAUCAGCUCGACGGCGGCGCAUCUCAUCACCGCAGUCCUGCGCUCGGUAGCUGAUCUAGCUUCGGCAGGCAAACCAUCGCCCGGUCUCAUCGGUCACAUGGGAACACUCGAAGAGCUCGAAGAGACAUUGUCCGGGCUAGUCGACCUGGUUGGCAACCCGAACCAAGAUCCGGCUCUUAAGGUGCGAGUCUGGACUAUGCUUGCAGCUAUCGUCGAUACUCAGCCUGCCCUUGGAACCCUCCUGUUGACGGGUCGUCACCUGGCAAUGACUACAGAGACACGUCUUAAUCGACCUGAAGCUGAUUCCAAAGCCAAGCAGACUGACUCAGCAACCCCAGCACCGUCCUCUCAAACAAGCGGCAACAAGACGGGACAGGCUUUGACAAAGACAGCACUUGACGUUGCUUCUGAAGCGGUCCUUUCGUGGAAGACGGCUGCUGAAAACAGCCCCCAGUUGCUCGAGGCAGUGCUUCGUUUCCUUGACGUGGCUUGGGUGCAUGCGGCAGAGCAUGUAGCAGCCUUCGACACUAUUCGUACCAACGCAGCCUUCUUCCAAGCCCUGGCGGAUGUCAUCUGCGAAGCAUCCGACGUUCCUUCGACCUUAGCUGAAGGCUUCACUGAGGCGCAAGAUACACUGCGUUCGAGCAAUGACACUGCUGUGACGUCUUACUGCUAUCGGAAGAUGUGCCAGGCUCGCUCUUUGAGGCUGUUGCAGCACGACAUCCAGCUCGGCGGUAUCCUGAAGGACCAAGCAAAGAGCAGCACGCCAAGCAAAGCCAGCAUUGAAGCCUUGCUCGACAUCCUCGUGUCGUCCGACCGAACGCUCGGCGCUAUCGAGAAAUGCUUUUCGAUGCCCUGCGAUCCCUCGAUGCGAGCCGCGCUGGAACGCAAACUUGCCGAGCUCUUGCCAACAAUCUACAUCGAUUCCUUGCGCCAUCCGGCGCGCAAGGAUGACUUUGAUCUCGAUCGUCGGUACGGAGAUGACUACCAUUUCAGUGUCUCAUCCUUUCGCAUCAAGGCGGAGGGUCACGUUCUUGACGGCGAGAUGGGUGGCGAGGUUGCGCUACUCGAAGAGGGACUGUUGGCCGUCUACACGAUCAACAUGGAAUGGAGUCUGAUCGACGUGCAGAACUCUGUGGUGCAAGCAUGGACGCAGUGCAUCGAGCUCUGUAUGGGUCACAUCGUCACGCAAGCCAUCAGCAAGGACAAGAUGACUGCACUAGAAAAGGCCAUCAUCUCUGCAUGGACUCGGCUGGCAACUCUAGCUGCUGAUGAGGGCAGAGAGGGCGACUUCAUGCGUGGUGUCCACGCUACACGGCUGGCUUUGCUGACCAAGUGCAUGAAACUCGCUUGGGGUCAUCGACGAAACAAGGAAGCUUCCAGCACUGAUCAGAUCGUUCAAGCCGCUACUCUGUGCGGACGCCUUGUCACGCAUCCCUUCUUCCGAGUCGAAGACAGCCUGAAGGGGGCUGUUCCGCCCGAGUUCCACCGCGAAGUGUUCGAGAUGGCGCUUGUCUGCGUCGCACGCAUCCGCGCUCUGCUCACGGCACAAGAAUCGAUGGUUCGUCCGGACGACAAGACAAUCGAAAGCCACAAGGCUCUGCACGCAUCGAUCGAGCUGUUCUGUCGUCACGCCAUCGAAGCUCUCCGCAUCAAGGUUGAAUCUACUCUGCGUAUCUUACAAACCUCAGCUCGACACGAAACUGAUUUGCAAUAUCUUGAAGACGACCUUGACAUUCUCGUCAGCAUCUUUGAGAUGACAAUCAGGCACGAUGUUGGCGCCGAGACCGGUGUUUGGCUGUCGCACAUCCAAGAGACGCAGCUAUUACAAGCUACUAUCAGUCUGAUAGGACGAGCACCGGUGUUACGACCAGAGGGUGCAAACGGGGUCAGUGCUCCCGUCAACCCGAACAGUACACACCAGGUCGUCUUGAUGAAGCCCUUAUUGUCAUUGCUGCUAGCCGUAGCAUCACAGCCAUCUUCGAGCGAAGAGCUCGCUUUGCAAGGUUCUGUCAACGCACUCACUUCGAACAUGCUGACCGAUCCACUGGAGAACAGUCAAGUUUCACCUCUGCUGCUUUCCGGCGAUCCAAACCCAUCGCAUGAAUGCUGGAGGAUGAUGCUGCGUAUCGUAGUCAACCUCAUUGACAAUCUUGGUGCUGGUUGCGACAAUCCAAGCUGGAGAGGCGUCAGUGCAAGAUUUGUCGAGACGGACGUGUACGGUUUCGUGCGGGUGUACCAGAAGCAGAUCGACCGAGCGAUGAACCUUGGCGAGCUUCAGGCGCGACUUGAUUCGGUGUCCGGCACUAUCGGCCAUCUUUCUUCCACUCAUGACCAAUUUGGGAACGGCAACUGGAGCGCGCCUGUUAGUCUGGAACAGCUGGAAGAGGUAGAACUGAUCUCCAGCCUGUUCUACAGUCUGACGAGGAUCGAAAACGAGCAAUUUUCCCGGCCACACUCGGCACGACGAAACAAGGCUUCUGCCGGCCCCUCGAUCGUUCAACACCUAGCCGAGAUCUCCGCAUGGACACUGCAACCAUUAGUCCAUCUCUUACAGCAUCCCAACGAGCUCACCAGCUUACUCGGACUGGAUCCUUCUGCUGCCGAAGCAUCUCGCAUUGCACAAGAGACGGCCUCAUCUAAGAUCCGGAGUAUCGUUUCUGUGCUUGUGGCCAGUCUUUGGAACCAUACGAAAUGCGUCCUGGUGUUGUGCCGCGGACCUGAAUCAUGGCCAUCUACGAGGUCGGGAUGUGCUAUCAUCCGACCCACCACUCGCACCAGCGCUGUUCGGAUCGCUACCCUCGGCACCCUACUCGACCUAAGCUCGCACCUCACCGAUUACGUCCGAACCAACAAAGCAAAAUUAUCAACCGAGGCGGAGGAAAGUUGUUCAGCAACACUAGAGCAAGCACUCGGACUGGCAGCAAGCCAAGCAGCAAUCUGGGCGGUAGGCAAAUCGGAAGAAAAGCAGACGAGCAAGUUGGAACACAUGGCUAGACAGGAGUUGGAGUCUGGAUUGUCGAGGGAUAUCGUAAGUGCGUUGAGGGCUGCGGAGGAAGUUGUGGGGGAGAAGGCGAGUUUGUUUGGGUUGGUAAGGGGAUUUGUUGAGGGGAAAUUGAACCGUGCUCAGCUCUAA